CGGAAGUGGCAUCGCCCGUGAAUUGACGGUCCGUAGGAAGAUGAGCGGUCUCAAGUUACCAGAGUAUAUGUUUUGUUUGAAAAGUUAAGCGAGGUUUGUUUCAUAUAUUAUAGCACGUUGGAAAUUGUGUCUACGUCUCCAAAAGGACUGAUUAAAAUGGCGCCCCUGCCCGUUUACUCGCAUGGAGAGUCCAUGUUGAAGAAAAAGGAUGAGUUUGAGGAUAUUUUGGAAGAAAGGAGGAAUUCCAGUGAUCUGAGAUACGCCCUCAGGUCGUACACACCCCCCCUGUAUAAAGAGGUGACUCCGGCCACAGCCAAUGAGCUGAAGGACAUGGUGCUGCAGUCAGACCCGCUGUGCUUUGUCGUCAGACAGGUCUCCACUGAGAGCGGGCGGCCUGUGGAUGAGGUCCAGGCUGAGGCCUCGGCCAUCCUGGAAGAGAUGGCCCACGGCCUGCAGCUCAGCACCGUUCGCUUCUUUGCCUUCACACUCAGCAAAGUCUUUAAAACCUUGUUCCGCAGCAUCCACGUCAAUGAGGAUGGAAUCCAGAGGCUCCAGCAGGCUGUGCAGGAGAAUCCUGUCGUGCUGCUGCCCAGUCACCGUAGUUACCUGGACUUUCUGCUGAUGUCCUACAUCCUGUACACCUAUGACACGCCCCUACCGGUCAUUGCUGCUGGCAUGGACUUUAUGGGAAUGAAGAUGGUUGGAGAGAUGCUGAGAAAGUCCGGAGCCUUCUUCAUCCGGCGCUCAUUUGGUGGAGACAAGCUGUACUGGGCCGUCUUCUCAGAAUAUGUCCAGACUUUACUGAAGAAGGGUUACGCACCAAUUGAGUUCUUCUUAGAAGGAACCAGGAGCCGAACGUCUAAGUCUUUGACUCCAAAGUUAGGUCUGUUGAACGUGGUCCUGGAACCCUUCUUCAAAGGGGAAGUGUACGACGUCACCCUGUUACCAGUGAGCAUCAGCUACGAGAGGAUCUUAGAAGAGUCACUCUACGCCAGAGAACUGCUGGGUGUGCCCAAACCCAAAGAGUCCACUUCAGGUCUGUUCAAAGCCAGGAAGGUCCUCAGUGAAGACUACGGCAGCAUCCAUGUUUACUUUGGUCAACCUGUGUCUGUCAGGAAACUGUCUGAGGGUCGAGUCAAACGCAGCCAGUUCAACCUCAUGCCAAGACAUAUUCCAAAGAGGCCUGGCGAGGAUAUCAACAAGGUUGUGAUUGAACUGGCCUACCAGCUGGUCCAGAACCAGCAGGCUAACAUGGUUCUGAAUCCUUUCGUCCUCCUGGCCACCCUGCUGCUCCAGAACCACCAUCAGAGCCUGGCGUCGGGGCAGAAACCUGGGAUGAAGCUGCAGGAGCUCACGGACCGAGCGCUGUGGCUGAGGGAUCUGUCUCGACUCUUCGGCGCCUGUCUUCAGUGGCCUGACGACAGGCCUCCAGCAGAGGUCGUCUCCUCCAGCCUUAGACUCCACCCGGGCCUGGUCACCAUCUCUGAGGGAAGAGUCCAACUGGCUCUGCAUCAAGGAGGACAGCUGAGUCCUGGGGAGCCUCACGGAGCUUCUUCUCCAGAGGAGGAGCUCUUUAACCAGGCGGUCAUCAUCCUGUCCUGCGUCUCCUACAGGAACCAGAUGCUACACGUGUUUGUCGGUCCUGCGCUGGUGGCGUCAGCCAUGAACAUUUCCUCCUCCACGCAAAAAAAUGAAAUCGCAAACAGUCACAGCUUUCUCAGGAACAUGUUCUUUCAUGAGUUCAUCCUCUGUCCUGGAGGAACCAAUCAGGACUUGUCCAUGUCCUUCGACCUGCUGGAAAAGGCCAGAGCGCUGGACGUCUUCUCGCACCAUGUCCUGGUGCCGGAGGAAGGACACAGAACCCUGAGCUUCCUCAGCAGCCUGCUGGACCCAUUCCUACAAGGCUACCAGAUGGUGUGCAGGGUCCUGUGUGAAUCAAAGGGCGACACAUUAACAGAUAAACAGUUUGUUCCAGAUGUCAGGAAGUUCAUAGUCAAACAAAUUCUCGCAGGUCGACUGAAAUACUCUGAGGUCUUGUCAUCGGACCUGCAGAAAAACGCUCUGGCUGCUCUGUCCAGACUUGGAGCCGUGCAGAAAAUCAAAGGAGCAUCACAGGGAAAUCUGAAGGUCAACAAGGUGAUGGUGAACUGGCUGGAAGACACUCUGGGAGGAAAACUUCCCACUCAGGAAUCCAAAAUGUCCCACCUUUGAUCCACCAACCACGUCGGCCAAAAGAGACAGAGAGGUUGGCUCCUCCUCCUCCUCCGAGCUCCGACCCAACGCCAUGACGUCUCGGCUUUUUUCUCCUGUGUGUGUUGGUUUCCUGCAGAGGUUCUGUGUGUCUGUUCACACAGUGGGUCUGGUGUAAAAGUGAAUCACAUCUAUUUAUUUACAUUGAAAAAUCUCACUGUUAACAUUUACACUACGACAGUUAAACCUUCAAAAACAAACAGCUUUUUUUUUCACACUUUAGCUUCACGACCUGAGUUCCGGAGGCUUCUCUUUGGUUCUCAGCCAUUAGUCUGGUCCAGGGUUGGGUUAAACCUGCGCUUCUGUUGUUGCUUUUGCUUCAUAAGAGGAAAUGGUCAUCAGUGAUUGGCCGAUACUGUCCACAGACAUGGAAAAAGAAAUGUGUCCUGACGUUGAUGAGUGCUGCUGCAGCGUCAGUGUGUUGAAAGACGGGACGUUUUUAUAACGAGGUGUGACGCGGCGUUCACGUCCCAUCACUGAGAACAACGCUGACCCUCUGAGGAGCAGGGACUCGAACCUCCUCCCACUGUAACACCUGAACACACUCCUACCUCCGUCUGCCUUUACUGCCAAAGUUAGGACGUCCUCAUGUUGUCACGCCACUCCAGUGUCAAAGAACAGUAACCUCACUGUCAGCACAUUACCCAGAAUGCAAGACGACAGGGACAAGCUUUAAUAUGUUACAUGAAAUUUAUUUGUGUGUGUGUGUGUGUGUUUUUCUAAAGUGUGUGUCUGUUGGUGAAGGAGUGAGGCCUGGAUUAUUUAAAAGAAAAGUCAUUAAUAAAAUAUUUCAAAGUUU